UCCCCCGUCGUCGCGCAUUGGUAUCGCCCGUGGUAGGUGGGAUCGGCUCUGCGGGGAAGUCUCUGGCAGAUCAAUGAAUUCGCUUUGAUGGCAGUGUUGGCCAAUUGAGCGGAGCGCCAGGCAGAGGCACGGGAAGGAACGCAUCGUACAUCGCACGGGGGGCUUCCAUUGGUCGGGCAUAGCCGGGGUGGUGGGCGCCCUGUAGCCCGGACUGACCGGCAGCCGCUGGAGCAGCGCAUCGGACUUGGGGAAACUUAGAUACAAAGUUGCCUUUAUUUCUGCUGGAGGAUUGGCACGGACACGGACUGCACGGAACAGGAAUGAUUUUUCCAAGUAGCAGCAACCCUGUGAGAACCCCGUAUAGGAAGCAGCAACCCAUCGUGCCUGCUCACCCCAUGGCUCCUCCAAGCCCCAGCACAACCAGCAACAACAAUAGCAGCAGUAGCAGUAGCAGUUCUGGUUGGGAUCAGUUAAGCAAAACGAACUUGUAUAUCCGAGGUCUCCUUCCAAACACCACAGACCAGGACCUAGUGAAGCUAUGCCAACCAUAUGGCAAGAUUGUUUCCACAAAAGCUAUCUUGGAUAAAACAACAAACAAAUGUAAAGGUUAUGGAUUUGUAGACUUUGACAGCCCGGCAGCUGCUCAGAAAGCGGUCUCAGCUCUGAAGGCGACUGGAGUCCAAGCACAGAUGGCAAAGCAACAAGAACAAGAUCCAACAAACCUGUAUAUAUCCAACUUGCCAUUGUCCAUGGAUGAACAAGAGCUUGAGAAUAUGCUGAAGCCAUUUGGACAAGUGAUAUCGACAAGGAUACUGCGUGAUUCCAGUGGCACCAGUCGCGGAGUUGGCUUUGCAAGGAUGGAAUCGACAGAGAAAUGUGAAGCAGUGAUCAAUCAUUUUAAUGGAAAGUUUAUUAAAACUCUUCCUGGUGUUUCAGCUCCUACAGAAGCUCUGCUGUGCAAGUUUGCAGAUGGAGGUCAAAAGAAGAGACAGACCCAGAACAAAUAUGUCCAGAAUGGAAGAGCUUGGCCGAGAGAGGGGGAGGUGAGACUUGCUGGAAUGACAUUGACCUAUGACCCCACUGCUGCUAUUCAAAAUGGGUAUGUCAGAAGGUUCUAUCCGCCGUAUAGCAUCGCCACAAACAGGAUGAUUACACAGACUUCUAUCACUCCCUAUAUCGCAUCUCCCGUCUCAACGUACCAGGUGCCAAGUCCAUCCUGGAUGCAGCCUCAGCCCUACAUCAUGCAGCAUGCUGGAACUGUCUUAACUCCCUCCAUGGACCAUACCAUGUCACUACAGCCUGCAUCGAUGAUGAACCCUAUGACCCAGCAGAUGAGUCAUAUGUCAUUAAGCAGCAGUGGAACAUAUAUGCCUGCCACAACAGCUAUGCAAGGAGCUUAUAUACCGCAGUACACACACGUCCAAACAGCUGCCGUCUCUGUGGAGGAACCCAAUCCUCAACAGCAAGUGACAGUAGAGACGUCUAAUGAACAUUCUCCAUACACCUAUCAACAGAACAAGUAACUCUAAAAGAUGGAGCGAUGACCUUGAUUGGGGGAAAUGAGGUUCAGAUGCUUAAACAAUCACGGAUUUUUCUGAACAAUCGUGCUUUAUGAAUUGACAGUUUUGCACAGGUUCUUGGGAAAAAAACAUUAUUUAUAACAAAAUCAACUCAAACUAUUUUUGCUAUAAGUUCUAUGAAGUGCAUAAAAACCUUCAAUUCAUCUAGUGUCUGUUCCCCUGAACAGGUUUAUUUUAUUAUGGAAAUUUUUAUCAAGUAAUAUAACAAAAAAGAGACAGACUACAGGUUUAUCUCUGGAUAUGCACAGGUGGCUAUUUGUAUGAGGAUAUGUGCAUGACAGACAAUUUUUUUGUGUUAUUUUUUCUUUUGUUUUUGUUUUUUAUGGGACUUCCAUUGUUAAAUUUUUAAGGACUUAUGAUUUUUUUUUGUUUUUUUUGUUUUUAUUUCUUCUCUGAAGGUUAACCAUUUUACAGGCCAGCGAAGAAAAAAAAAAAAAAACCCAAAAUAAACCAUCGCUGGUUUCUCAAUGUUCUAACUGAUUCCAACAAGAAGGCAUUUUAAUGUGAUGCCUCCGUGCUUGCAGUGUGAGUGUUGCUGUAGUGCAGUGUUGCAGUUGCUGUCUGUUUUCUGACUCCUUGUAAUUUUUUUCUCAUAGCGUGAAGUGUCUUAUCUUUUUCCAAUGAAUUCCAAUUUGCCUUAAAAACUUUUAAUGCUGUAGCUUUUUUUUCCUCCACGCAAUUACUAGAAA